UAACAGUGAGAUGGAGCAUACAGAAAGACCUGCUAGGUUUCCUUUAUUUUCUUGAUGAAAUAACAGUAAGGACUAGUGUCUUAUUGAUAAGUACUGUAUCCGCUGAAAAUCCUAGUGUUUGGUUGGCUGGCCUGUACAUGGACUACUGUAGAUAAGAUGAAAAGGUUACAAUAAUCUCACAGGCAGGAACCUCCUUUGUGCAGAUCCUUCCUCAUCCUCCCUCGUUGCUUGCCAGUCUCGAAGCAGAGAAAGGCAUGCUUUGCAAAUGCCCGGUACCGGCGCCCCUCUGGCCCCGUUCUUGGUUGCAACCCUCAAGCGCGCCGCGCGCCUCCGCUGCGGCGAGCAGCUGCACGCGCUUGCCGCCAAGUCCGGCCUCCUCGCAUCCAAUGCCUUCGUCCGCAACUCCGUGCUCGCCUUCUAUGCCCGCCUCCCGCCCUCCCUCGCAAGCGCCCACCAGCUGUUCGACGAAACGCCCCCACCGCUCCGCGACGCCGUCGCGCGGAACACCCUCCUCGCAGCGCUGGCCCGGGCGGGGCACCUCGACCGCGUGCAGCACCUUCUCGAGGAGAUGCCGCGUAGCCACAGGGACGCCGUCUCGUACACCACCGUCGUGACCGCGCUCGCUCGCGCGGGGCACGCAGGGCGCGCUGUGGCUGUGUUCCGCUGCAUGCUCGCUGAGGAUAUCAUUCCCAAUGAGGUGACUCUAGCUGGUGUGGUCAUGGCAUUUGCUCGCCAUGGGGCACUGGCGACAGUAGGGGUGGCGCAUGGGGUUGCUUUGCGGUGGGGGCUGGAUGGGUUUGUCAUUGUAGCCACCAACCUAAUUCAUGCCUAUGCAGGGGUAUCAGAACUCCGUUGUGCCCAUGCUGUGUUCGAUGAAAUGCCGGAUAGGAACACAGUCACUUGGAAUGCACUGCUCAAUGGAUAUGUGAAGGCAGGGAUGAUGGAAAUGGCUGCAGAUGUGUUCUGGAGAAUCCCAGAGCGUGAUGAGGUAUCUUGGCAUACAAUGGUUGAUGGUUAUAUCCGUGCAGAUCUCAUAUUGGAUGCACUGAAAGCAUAUGCUCAUAUGGUGGGUGAGGUAGACGCAAAUGGCAACGAGACACUGCUUGUUGAUUUGGUGAAGGCAUGUGCUCAGUACUCUGCUAUCACAGAAGGCCAGCAACUGCACAGCGUUAUUCUGAAGAACGGUUUUGAUGCCCAUGCAUUUGUGCAAGCGACCCUGAUCAAUUUCUAUGGGUGCUGUGGUCUUAUUGGCCUUGCCCAGAUGCAAUUCAGAUUGUCAGACAAGUCGCACUUAGCAUCGUGGAAUGCCCUUCUGGCUGGUAUAUUGAGAAGGGGCCUAAUGCAUGAAGCACGGCAGCUGUUUGAUGACAUGCCUGAGAGGGACGUGAUUUCGUGGAGUACUUUGAUAUAUGGAUAUGUACUGAAUGGAUGUUCAGACAUGGCUUUGCAGCUCUUUUUUUCAAUGCUGAAUGCUGGUUUUGAACCAAAUGAGAUCACACUAGUGAGUGCUGUCUCGGCAGUUGCAGGAUCUGGCACAUUGGAUCAAGGUAGAUGGAUCCAUGACUAUAUAAUCAACAGAUCAAUCAGGGUUACUGAUAACCUGAGUGCUGGUCUGAUUGAUAUGUACGCCAAGUGUGGAAGUAUUACUGAUGCGUUGCAGUUAUUCAAUCAUGCCAGUGAUAAGUUCUCUUCAAUUUCCCCCUGGAAUGCUAUGAUAUGUAGUUUAGCUGUCCAUGGUUAUGUGCACAUGUCACUUGACCUGUUUUCACAUUUGCAGAGGACCGACAUUAAACCCAACUCAAUUACAUUCAUUGGUGUUUUAAAUGCAUGCUGUCAUACUGGGAUGGUAACCGAAGGAAAACAACAUUUCGAGUCCAUGAGACAAUUUGGAGUCCAACCGACAAUCAAGCACUAUGGUUGCAUGGUUGAUCUUCUUGGUCGAGCUGGGUACUUGGAAGAGGCAGAACAGCUUGUUGCAAAGAUGCCCAUGAAAGCAGAUAAUGUAAUUUGGGGCAGCAUCCUUUCGGCAGCAAGGGCACAUGGUAAUGUAGGCUUAGGAGAGAAAGCUGCAGAAGAAUUGGCAAAGCUCGACCAAGCCCAUGGUGCAUCCAAAGUAGCCUUGUCUAACAUCUAUGCCUAUGCUGGUCGUUGGGCCAAUGUUUCAGUUGUUAGGAAGGAACUCAAGGAUGAAAAUUUGGAGAGACAAUCAGGAAGCAGUGGCAUUGUAUAGUAAUGGGAUAAAGCAUUUCUUCAAUUUUAUCUCUAAUGGGAAGCUGAAUGACAGUAGACAGUCUUCACCAAUUUUAAACUCCUAGAAGAUCAAUUGGUUGAACGAACUACAAAGAUUGCUAGAGGUAGAAUCUAAAAGAUGAGGUUGCAACUAAGCAGUAGAUAUCAUUUUACAUAGGAGGCAAUCUCAGAGGAAGGAUUCCUGUUGCAGGACAGAAACCGAAUGGAAUUUUGGAAAUACACUGCCGAGUAUGGCCAGCGAAGGAAGUUGUAUCAUAGAGAUGGCUGUUUCCCCGUCAGCUUGAGCUAUUGCCCUAUUUCUUUUAUACUUGAUUCAAAUAAAAUGCUGCAAAUGUUUGUCUUACAGCCUGGAAAUUUUGUAAUAAAUAAGGAAUGCUGCAUCAUAAGCACUCCGUUUCUUAUUUUAGGAUGUUAGCUGACGAUAUUAACAUUUUAUAAAUAUACGUUUCUUGUACAGAGAAAUACAAAUUUGGUUGGGGAUA